AAAGAAACUGGAAAGGAAACGAAAGCAUAGAAAGCUGGAAAGGAAGAGAGAUGGUUGGUUGAUGGCUUCUCUCUUUUUUUCUUUCCCCGUUUUAACUUAUCUAUCUAUUUCCAUGGCCACUAUAUAUUACCAACAACUAUCCCUUUGAGUUCUUCAUUCUCUAUUUCUUUCAUAAAUAGUGUUAAUUGAGGACGGAUGGCAUGGAUUCCCUGUUCCGGUAUUUCAAGAGCCAAUAACUCAAAGAAGAAGACGAAGAAAUGGAUGAUCAUCAACCAGAAGCAACUUGAUCAGAUCAAACCCACUUCAGAGAAAUUGGAGUGCAAUUCCCCUUUAAGUGUUAAGGAUGCUUCUAAACAUGGAGGGUCAGAUAACAUUUCAGCACUGACAUUUACAUUCCGUGAAUUGGCAACCGCAGCUAAAAAUUUUAGAGCAGAAACUUUGUUGGGUGAGGGAGGAUUUGGAAGGGUGUACAAAGGGCGUCUAGAAAGCACUAACCAGGUUGUAGCUAUCAAGCAACUUAAUCGUAAUGGUUUGCAAGGGAACAGGGAAUUUCUAGUUGAAGUGUUGAUGUUAAGUCUACUUCACCACCCUAAUCUUGUUAAUCUAAUUGGUUAUUGUGCUGAUGGAGAUCAAAGGCUACUGGUUUAUGAGUACAUGCCUCUAGGAUCUUUAGAAGACCAUUUGCAUGAUAUUUCACCAGGCAUGAAACGACUUGAUUGGAACACAAGAAUGAAAAUAGCAGCUGGUGCAGCAAAAGGAUUGGAGUAUUUACAUGAUAAAGCUAGUCCCCCUGUUAUAUAUCGAGAUUUAAAGUGCUCCAACAUUUUGCUUGGUGAGGGCUAUCAUCCUAAGCUCUCUGAUUUUGGCUUGGCUAAACUUGGGCCUGUUGGAGAUCACACCCAUGUAUCCACUAGGGUCAUGGGCACCUAUGGAUACUGUGCCCCAGAAUAUGCAAUGACAGGUCAGCUGACUAUCAAAUCAGAUGUUUAUAGUUUUGGGGUUGUUCUUCUGGAAAUCAUUACAGGCCGAAAAGCAAUCGACAGUUCGAAAGCUACAGGGGAGCAAAAUCUUGUUGCUUGGGCAAGCCCCUUGUUCAAAGACCGAAAAAAAUUCUCACAAAUGGCUGAUCCAAUGCUUCAAGGUCAGUAUCCUCCAAGGGGUUUGUACCAAGCUCUUGCUAUUGCAGCAAUGUGUGUCCAGGAGCAGCCUAAUUUGAGACCAGUUAUAGCUGAUGUGGUUACAGCUUUGACUUACCUUGCUUCACAAAAAUAUGACCCAGAUGCACAGACGGCCCCUGGCACUCCUAGAAGAACAAAGAAGGAAGCAAGGCUCAGUAGUGGCAGGAUCUGACAGGUUUCAAACCAAGGGGAUUAAGUUAAGAUUGUUCCACUACUGAUUGUUGAUAUCUUGGAUUCCUUGUGCUUGACAAGGAAAUAUUAAUGCUCAAAAGGAUUGCAUACAAAUUUAUGUAGAUCACAAGGCUCAGAGUUUUAGCAUCGGCCACAUCUCAUUAGGGCCUUCAUAUCAAAUUUUUGUGUCAUUCCGGGUAUUUGGUAUUUUUUAUAUUAGCAGAUACGUCUUGAACCAGAGUAGUUGGUUGUAAUCAUAUACAUAUUCCCAACGACCUAUGUUGAUCCCUAUUGUUUGUUAAUACCAGGUGCGAGGGCUUUCUAAUGCUGGUGGUUGUAUAUUUCUUGUUCCUCAACAUAUGAAAGCCCUGUAAAAUUAAACAGUUCGAUAAUAGAACAUGGCACUGAGAUGCAAAUGGAAACGUAGGCUUGCAAGCA